CGCGCUCUCUUCCUCCGUUGGGGACCCGGACUUUUACGGCUGGGUUGCCCGGUUGUCCUCUGCAGGCCCACCGCUGCCCCUGCCGACGUUAGUGGCAGCACUACCGGAGGGGCAGGCCCUGUGUCUCGGCCGCCGCCGCCGCCUGGGCGCGCGGCCGGCUCCGAGGCGCUAGUUCUCUCCCCUCGCCCCACCCUCUCUCUCCCCCUUCACGGAAACAACAGCUGCGGCGGCGGGACUGGCGCCGCCUCCCUCCACCUACCACGUCUGCCCCCGCCACUCGCCCGGCGCCCCAGCCCGGCCGCGGCGCCUCAGCCUCCCCGCUAGGUCAGCCGGCAGCUCCGCCCGGCUGCCUCCCAGGAUGAACAUCAUGGACUUCAACGUGAAGAAGCUGGCGGCCGACGCGGGCACCUUCCUCAGUCGUGCAGUGCAGUUCACAGAAGAAAAGCUUGGCCAGGCAGAGAAGACAGAAUUGGAUGCUCACUUAGAGAACCUCCUUAGCAAAGCUGAAUGUACCAAAGUAUGGACAGAAAAAAUAAUGAAACAAACUGAAGUGUUAUUGCAGCCAAAUCCAAAUGCCAGGAUAGAAGAAUUUGUUUAUGAGAAACUGGAUAGAAACUCCAAGUCGUAUAAACAACCAGAACUUUUGGGACAAUAUAUGAUUGAUGCAGGGACUGAGUUUGGCCCUGGAACAGCUUAUGGUAAUGCCCUUAUUAAAUGUGGAGAAACACAAAAACGAAUUGGAACAGCAGACAGAGAGCUGAUUCAAACAUCAGCCUUAAAUUUUCUCACUCCUUUAAGAAACUUUAUAGAAGGAGAUUACAAAACAAUUGCUAAAGAAAGGAAACUAUUACAAAAUAAGAGACUGGAUUUGGAUGCUGCAAAAACCAGACUAAAAAAGGCAAAAGCUGCAGAAACUAGAGCAUCACAACUAAACUCAGCACGCCUUGAAGGAGAUAACAUUAUGAUUUGGGCAGAGGAAGUGACAAAAUCUGAACAGGAAUUAAGAAUAACUCAAAGUGAAUUUGAUCGUCAAGCAGAGAUUACCAGACUUCUGCUAGAGGGAAUCAGCAGUACACACGCCCAUCAUCUCCGCUGUCUGAAUGACUUUGUAGAAGCCCAGAUGACUUACUACGCACAAUGUUACCAGUACAUGUUAGACCUCCAAAAGCAACUGGGAAGUUUUCCAUCCAUUUAUCAUUGUAACAACAACCAGACUUCUGUGGCACCUAUACCAUCUGCUUCAUCAAACGUGAUUGGUUCUUCUGCCUUGACUUCAACAAGUGGCCUAGUAAUCACCUCUCCUUCCAACCUCACUGACCUUAAGGAAUGCAGUGGCAGCAGGAAGGCCAGGGUUCUGUAUGAUUAUGAUGCUGCAAACAGUACUGAAUUAUCACUUCUGGCAGAUGAGGUAAUCACUGUUUUCAGUGUCGUUGGAAUGGAUUCAGACUGGCUAAUGGGGGAAAGGGGAAACCAGAAGGGCAGGGUGCCAAUUACCUACUUAGAACUGCUCAAUUAAAUAGGUGGACUAUGAAAAGAUACACCGUAUUUAUAUACAAUUAACUCUUAAUAAAGCAGGUUUAAGUAUCUUCCAUGUUAAUGUCUUAAGAGACUGAAAAGAAAAUACUAGCCAUCAAACUGGCCUUUCUGCCAAGAAAAUUGCAUGGUAAAUAUUUCAUUACAGAAUUUAUGUUAAAGCUUUCAUGCCAAGAAUGUUUUCUUACAAAAUUCUCUUUCUACUGAGGUUUCACUAAUAAGUAGCUUCUACUUUUGAGCCCCAACUUAAAGCAGAACUCUUUUCUACUGAAUUUUUCAUUAAUGGCAAGCUUUUUCUUUUACGUAAAAUAAAUUUAUUGUGAAUUGAUACGUGACUCAUUUAUUAGGUAUAAGUAAUAGCCAAAGAAUAAAGUUAAAAUUUGUUUUUAACUGUUGGUCUAAAAAGAGCUCUAGGAUGUAAACCUCUUUUGUAAAAAAUAUAAUGUUUCUGAAUGUUUUCAUAAACAGAAAUGCAGUUAUACCAUGUUUACCUUGUUUUCCAGCAGACAUGGAAUGAUUACAAUAUUCUAGUUCAGUGAGUUAUUCUGAGGGUUUUUUGUUUUAUUAAACACUACUGAAUGAUUUCUUAAGCGUAACUAGUCCUUGAGAAGUAUUACCGUAUUUCUCUAGUACAUUUGCGUUUAAGGUUCUAAAACAUCUGGGACAAAUUCAAUUCACUAAAUAAUGUUUUUAAGAUUGUUCAAUUGGUACUGUUUAAUCCAUAAUCAGAAUUGGAUCUGUUAAGAAGAUACUGCAGUAAAGAGAAUUUGUUCUUAUUGAACAACAAAUCCUUAUAAAAAUGGAUUAGCACAACUGUGUUCAUUAUAGAGUAAAUUGUAUGCAAACAAUACACUUUUGGUUACUUUGAGCCUACAAAUAAAAUUUUGAAAAUUUA